UACAUAGACUUCUUCUUUUCACUGAGCAAAUUCGGCAGAGAAAAUCAACAGCACCUGAAUUACGUUCACACAUUUUGCGAGAAGUUGAUCCGGGAGAGAAAAGAAAUGCUGGACAAAAAUCCUGAUGCUCCCAAAAAGAGCCAUCUGGAUUUUCUCGACAUUUUGCUGACUGCUGAAGACGAGCAUGGAGUUGGGCUGAGCACGGAAGACAUUCGUGCUGAGGCCGAUACGUUCUUGUUUGAAGGUCAUGACACCACUGCCAGCGCCACCUCGUGGACAUUAUAUGCGUUAGCAAAAUACCCGGAUAUGCAGGAGAGGGUCAGGGAAGAAGUUGACGAGUUGCUAGGAGACAGGACGUAUCUGGAAUGGAACGACCUCUCUAACUUGAAGUAUACAUCGUUGUUCCUGAAGGAGGUGCUGCGUGUGUAUCCGCCAGUCCCGGUUGUCUCCCGUCAGACGACAAAGCCAUGUGUCAUAGAUGGUGUGACGAUCCCACCAGGCAUGGUCCUACAACUGGCCAUCAUGCUGGUCCAUCGUAAUGCGGAUGUCUGGGAAAACCCUGAGGAGUUUCGACCCGAGCGGUUUAUGUCAGAGACUUUCCUAACCCGAGACCCGUAUUGUUACGUGCCGUUUUCAGCCGGACCAAGAAAUUGUAUAGGACAGAACUUUGCGUUUAACGAAGAAAAAGUGGUUAUAUGCCGAAUUGUCAAAAAGUUCAAGAUUGUGCUUGACGAGUCGCAUCCCGUUACCAUAGUACCAGAGCUCGUGCUUAGAGCAAAGGAAGGCAUCAAACUCAAAUUUAUUCCACGCUCGUGACUUACCCCACAUGUUUUCAGACAAACAUCAUGUAAUUUCUUCUUGCACUAUUUCUGUAAAUAACUGAGUAAUUUAUUCGCACAUAACUCAAAAAAGACAGUUUUACAGCAAUGUUCAUUAUAAAAGAAAACACAGAGUGAAAGCAGAGCAUUGACGACAAAAUGUGUUAGUCGACAAGUGAUCACACGUAUAGCUGGUAAAAUCUAUUCUCGUCAGUUUACAUAAAAUGAGGUUUGUCUAACUGUUCAUGUGAGCCCAUCCACAACGACUUGGGCGAUUCUUUUCCAUCAACUACAUUUUAAAGAUUUAUUUAUUUAUGUGGUUUAUUAGUGAUUUACGUCUCAAUCAUGAGUAUUUCAUCUCUAAAUACAUGCAAGACAGAGACCUACGAGGAGCCGAUUGCACCAGGUCAUUUCAGACUAAAGUCGAAAUUUGAAAUAUUCGUUCUUAAAAGCAUAUUUUUCGGCUGUAGAAAUCAAAAUUUUGUCCAGCUCAUUAAAAUUGUCUUAAGACGAAUUUGUCCAAAUUUCAACUUCCAGUAUCAAAACUAAGCAUUGUGAAGAGGUUUUAAAUUUUGAAUCCGUCCCUCGUUUACACGGGUGGCGGGAAAGUCGGGGCUGGAGAAAACCACGACAUUGAUUGUACAAGACAAAACCUCCUUCUAAGUCGCUGCCGGAUAUGAGUUAGAACAUUGUAGAAACAAGUUUUGAAAUACCAGCCAGAUUUGAAAUAGAACCAACUUUUGAAAUAAACAUUGACCAGUUUUGAAAUAAGUUUCUGUUUUAAAAAACAAAUUUACCAAUUUUGAAAUAAAACAAUCACUUGUAUCCUAAUUCGUUAAUUUGUUUCCAGACGUGGAACUUGCUUCUAAAAGUGGUCGAUUUGUUUUUCAAAAUUACCUUCAUUAUUUUUCCAAAACAGAAGUUAGUAGUAUUAUUUCAAAAGUGGUCUCUAUAAACCUCAUGAUUGCUUCUUGGACUUGUGGCAAAAUGAUGUUUCGCUGUAAACCCAGCUUGUUUUAUACAUAUGACGGAAAGUGUAUAAGGGCUAUGUAUAAGGAUAUAAGAGAUUUUAGCUUCUACUCCUAAUUUAAAACAAUGAUGAGGCAUUGCCACUGCCUGUCGAUUAUUUGGUUAUUUUUUGUUGUUGUUGUUAUGUGAAUUAUGUCAUUUAUCACCAUUGUGUUAAUUUAUCAGAAGUAGAUGAACAGAAAGCGCUAUGCUCUUUUUGUGAUUCCCCCUAAAUGUACAUUGGCGCAUAAAUGCUUGGAAACAUCCAGCUGAUCGGAUGUGUCUUUACUUACAGGCAAUUGCGCCAUUGGUGCAUUCUGGGAAAUGAAGAACGAAGGGUUUGAUUUUUGCGGUAACAUGCCCUCGAUAGCUGUAACUUUAUACAAUGUACUUAUGAUAUUAUCUAAUAAAAGAUAUUUAUGCUGGGAUAUCUGCGUAUAUACAGAGUUAUGCAAAUUACAUCAACAAAUGUUUUACACUGCUAAAAUGACACAAUUUGUAUAACUGUCAAAUUUAUAAUAUAUACCAGCGAUCGUUUCACAUGUUUUCUGGGAUAUUGUCUCGUUUGUAACGUGCGCAUCUGGUUUUGAUUGAUAUGGCUGCGUAAUCGUUUGUGACUGAUAUGUGUAAUCCUAUGUGCUUAUACUUGUUUCCUUCGGUAAAAAAAUAUGAUAAAAAAUACCUCACUUUGUGCUGAUUUUGAACAAUUUCGUGCAAAAUAUUACAUUCUUUGGUGUAUACUGAAGUAGUGGCUUUUAGUGCACGGGCAAAUACACAUUUCAAGUAUACUAAAUAAUAUUUCACGAGGAACUGCACGAAAAACACUUCAAUUCGCGUGGUGCAUUGGUAAUAGCUCUAUGUGUUCUACUCUGGGAAAAGCAAAGGGUUUAAUUUACCCUCAUUAAGUGCAAAUUACACCACGGUGCAAUACUGAUUUUAUUUGAUACAAAUCUGAGUCAUAUAGGUGUCACAUCCAUUUCGCUUCUUGACCGUAACCUGGCUGGGUAUAAGUAAGUAUAUUAACAAACUCUGAAUGGUAUGUUAUAUGGACAAAUAGUUUAUGAUUGUAUUUCUGUC